AUGCAAAUUUGCAACGGCAUCGGAACACCGGUUGAUUCGAAAUAUACAAAUUUGGAGCCAAAAUACGUUGCAAUGAAUGGAUCGGAAGUGGUCAUUGCGAAUAAUUUUUCGUUUAUUGUCUGGCCAUAUAACAUACCACGUGCUUCGACUCGAGAGCUGAAUUCCAGCAUCGUUGACACAACCUCAACUGCUUUAGCUGACACUUUAUAUUACGUGGAUAAAAACGAAGAAAAAGUUGACCUGAGAUCGCUGGAUGCACAAAGGCAAUCACAGGUAAUGAAAACUGCUUCGUUGUUUGCAUCUAAUCUUCAAUAA